UAAUAGAUAUCAAAGAGUAUAAUAAUAUAUAGGGAAUAUAUUAUGAUAGAUAUCUUAGGAGUAAAACAAAAGUCAAGCACACAAUAAAAAUAUUUGUCGAGCGAAUGUGAAAGUUUUAUUUGUUUUACAAUAUUGCGUUUUACUAAACUUAAAACAACAAGUGCCAUGGCGGAUUCUGGGGUUGAUACAGGAAACGAAAGCAGUGACAAUACAGUGUUCGACCACACUCAUCGCGUUCUAGAAUUCAGUGCUCCUCCAAUACCAAUUAAUAAUUUUGGCCAACCAAUGCCUGGAACAUUUUAUGGGGAACACGAACAUAUAGGAAAGAUAAAAUUUUGCACUAAUGCAAGACACUGCCGACUCAAAUACAGAAAUGGUUUAGUAUAUUAUCCUAAAAAAAAAAAUCUGUGUUUGGCGGCCUCCACAAACAAUACAGAACUUGUUGAAAAACUUUUACUCUCAGGUGCUGAUCCAAAUAGUUCAGAUGAACAUAAAAGAAGCCCACUACAUUUAGCGGCAUGUCGAGGUUAUGCAUCUGUAGUUAAAACAUUGCUUAAACAUGGUGCCAAUCCAAAUAUUAAAGAUACACUUGGUAAUACUCCACUUCAUUUAGCUGCUUGCACUAGUAAUAUUGCUGUUGUCAUAGCUUUACUUGAUGCCGGCACUGAUGUCAGUUCCAAUGACAAGAAUGGACGUACACCGUUACAACUUGCUCAAAGCAAAUUAAAACUUAUCCAAUUAAAACCUGGCUUUCAUGAGACACAAGCAUUGAUUGCAGAGAUAAAAUUGAUUGUAGAAAUGAUGUUAAAGUUUAUUAAAAUCAAGAAAGAGGAUCCGGGUGACCUUGAAUCAUUGUGUCAAAGAUUGGAAAAAGUAAGCACAAGAGAGGAAGUUGACUCUGAAGUUCAAAAUUUAUUGGAUAGCCUUGAUACUUUGAAAUUGAGAUAAAUGUAGAACUUGUAUGUCCAGAUGAUUAUGAGCCGAAACAGAUAGAUACAGACACAAUAAGUCCAUUUUUAUAUUGUGUAAUUAAGUAUAAUAUUGAUUAAUAAUAAUAUAAUUGAUAAGAUAAGAUUAUGAUUGAUAUUAAUUCAUUGCAUUCGCAAGGCCUUAUUUACAAUAUAUAAUAUGUCUACUCUUAAUAUUACUUUCUCAUCUAAUAUUUUGUUUUAAUAGUCAAAUAAGAAAAAUGUAGUAAUUUAGAUUACUAAUUAUUGGUUUUGAUCUUAUUGAUAUUUUAUAAAAUAUAAUAAUAUAAUGUAAGUUGUAGGAACUUUUUUGUCUAUACUAAUUAUUUCAAAUAUAUAAUUAACAUUACUAAAAUCAAAUCAAUCUCUUAUUGUAUAAAUAAGAAGUAUAUUCAUUUGAUAUAACAGAUUAUGGUUGUAAGUAUAUUAUGAAAUAGUCUUAAGUUAUUUAGAAUGCAUUAUACAAAAAGAUAUAAACUUGUGAUUAA